GAAUACUAUUUGCUGUGUCGUCGAAGAUCACCGAUACUCAAGAGGCGUCGACUGGCCGGAACAGUGCCGUCUCGUAAUGUUUCGGCUAAUCACGGCGGCGUAUCAAUCCAGUCCAUCGCAUGCACUGCUUUUGUGCAUGUCACUGAAAAUAUAUCAGGUUGUGUAUCCGUACGAUACUGUCUGGAGCAUUGUGGGCAUUCAGUUCAUCACGACACAGGUGCUGGUGAGAGUGCUGGUAGCAGUACUAUAGUGACUGGUGGUGAGAACGGCAAUCGGGCAGCAGCCUCUCGUCUACGACGGCAUCACAUUGAUGGAUCGACGAACACUGCUGCUGCUGGUGAACCGUUGUCUGGUAGUCUAGGAGGAGGUCAAACUCAUUUGAAACGUAAUUCGUCGAGUAUCCGAGAUGACGACAGCGAAGAU